AUGUCCGCGCUCGCGCUCAAGACGCUCACCGCGGCGAACACCGCGCGGAACCAGGUGCAGCUCGCCGCGCUCGAGACCGCCGUCGUACGCCGCCCCGGCGCGCGCCCGGAGAGCCCGACGAGCCGGGUGAAGAACUCGCUCGAGAAGCAGCGCGCGGACCGCGGGGCGCGCGCCGAGCGGAGGGCGCGCCGUGAGGGCGAGGGCGACGUCGGCAAGGACGAGGGCGUCGAGGGCGGGGCAGUGGAGGAGAGGGUGGUGGAUGAGGAGGAGAAGGUGGACGCGAACGGGGUCCCGCUCAGGCACCGCCGCGGCGCGGGCGACGAGGAAGACUACGAGACCCCACCGAGGCCGGAGCGACCAGCGAAGCGUGGGCGGUUCGCGGAGCCGGGCGCGAAGGGUGGCGGGGAGGACGAGCGGGAGGGGAGCGCACAGGAGGGGAAGCGUGUGAAGUGGGACCGCGGGCUGCACACGACGACGUACUUCGACGCGGGGCUCCCGAACCCGAAGUGGAACGUGAGGGCGGUGCCGUCGUCGAAGGGCUGCCUGGCUUCUGCUGCGAAGGCCCUGCGGCUGGACACGCUGGGCAACGUGCUGAAUGCCGAGCUGCCUGUGGGCGGACUCGUCAAGGAGCAUGUGAUCGUGCAGAAGUUCGUGUUCGAGGACGACGAGGUCCCAGAGAUCCAGGUCCCUGUCCCACCCCCGAAGAACACGCGAAGCAAGAGGAAAGCGAAGACGCCGUCGUGA